CAGUGUGAAUGCAAUGAGCGAUCUAUCGGAUGCCCAGCUGGACCGAAGGGACCACCAGGACCACCGGGACCAAGAGGAGAUGAAGGCUUCCCUGGAGAGAAUGGACGCGACGGAACCAAUGGAAUCAUUCUCAAUGUCAAUCAUGAUGUUCCUGGAGGUUGCAUCAGCUGCCCAGCCGGACCACCAGGAGAACCCGGAAGCGACGGAGCCCCAGGAGAACCAGGAUUCCCAGGAUCGCAUGGUAAACCCGGCCCAUGUGGAGAUGACGGUAUUCCCGGACCCGAAGGAGAGCCUGGAGAUCAAGGACCACCUGGACCACCCGGAUUCGAUGGAAUGCCUGGACCCGAUGGAAUGCCUGGAACCACCUCAUUCCCCGGAGCACCCGGACAACCUGGAGCACCCGGAUGGACUGGAGAGCCUGGACUGCCUGGAAAAGCUGGUGAUAAUGGACAAGAUGGAUCUCCUGGACAACCUGGACCAAAAGGACUACCUGGAAACCCCGGACACGAUGCUUUCCCCGGAAUGCCUGGACCUAUCGGAAAUCCUGGAGGUGUUGGAGAGGAUGCCAAGUACUGCAACUGCCCACAGAGAGGAGACAACAAGCCUACUGGUGCCACCUAUCAAGUGCCACCAUCACAAGGCUACAAAAAGAGACGCGUCUAGAAAGUUGUUUGACUUUUUCUACCUCCCCUGUCUGUUUUUGGAAAAUAAAGAUUACCCUCAGUUCUUUUCAACACAUGUAUGCUCCAGUCCAAAAAUUUGCAAGAGCUGAUU